AUGUCCUGGAAUCCCAGGGAUAGGCCAAGUGGGAAAAGGACCCGAUCUCGCUCGCCUCCUCCCCAGACACGACCAGACAAAUCGCGACAUAUCGAUGGCCACUAUUCGUCAGGUUCACGCGGUAGGGGACAAGGGAGUGGGAAUCGUGGUGCCUGGAAUAUGAAGGAGCAGACUCGACUUAACCAGCUACAAGAAGAUGAAAAGAUGCGCGAAUGGGUAGCUCAGGAGGACAAUUUUGUGCUUAGGCAAGCUAAAAAGAAAGCUGAAUUAAGAGUCAAAGAUGGACGCGCAAAGCCUAUCGACUGGCUCACGAUUACACUUCGAGUUAUCGAUCCGACUAGAAACCCUUUGGAUGACGAGAUUGCAGACUCAGAGCUAGACUUGGUUGAACCAGAGGGAGUUUUUGAGGGGCUAUCAAACGGGCAACUGUUACACCUCGAGAAGGACAUCGAUACCUUCUUAUCCCUGGAAACUAGUCCGGAAAAUCGGGACUACUGGAAGACUAUGAAAGUUAUAUGCCAGGACCAGAUACAGAAAGUGGAAUCGUCUGCUCCCGAAAAGCGUGCGGUCACUUCAGUCGCGGCCGAUAUCGAUAGACUCCUCAGCCCAAAAACCUACGACGAGCUUGUUGCAUUGGAGAAACAAAUACGCCGGAAGCUAGAUUCUAAUGAGCCCAUUGAUACGGAUUAUUGGGAACAGCUGCUGAAAAGCCUCUCGGUGUGGAAAGCGCGUGCAAAACUAAAGCGAGUUUACAGUGCCGUCAUCACAAAUCGCGUCGAGGAACUGCGGAAGCAACAGCGUGAGGAAGCAGAGAGUGUGCAAAAGAAGCUCGCACCUUUAGCACCUUACAAUGGUUUGCAGCUUGCUCGGCAGGAAUCUGAACAAAUGGCAUUACUCGACCCAGAGCCUCUUCUCCAACUACGCAGUCAAGACAAGAACUUAGAAAUCAUGGAUGAAGAAGAAUUGCUAAGUCAUAUAGCUCAGGAACGAAAGAAAAUUAUGAAGAUGGGGUUUGUCCCGUUACGCAACCGAUUGAACGAGAAACCAACCCCCUCGGCGAUGAUUGCAACAGAGUCGUCAGCAACAGCUGCUACCGCCCCACGGUUUCUUCCAACAACAAAUGAUGACUUCUCCCAAGCCACAAAAGCUUUAUACGAAAGAGAGGUAGCACGGGGCGUUAGUGAAAACGAAGAGAUAUUCGCCGGCGAGGAAACUCUCAGCACAUCCAAGCCAGCUUGGGCGAACAAAUAUAGACCACGUAAACCACGGUAUUUCAAUCGUGUUCAGAUGGGAUACGAAUGGAACAAGUACAACCAAACCCACUACGACUACGAUGACCCGCCGCCGAAGGUUGUCCAGGGAUACAAGUUCAACAUAUUCUACCCUGAUCUCAUUGAUAAGGCAAAAGCUCCAACGUAUCGAAUCGAGAGAGAACACGGCAGAAAAAGGGGACAGUCAUUCGCACCCGCUGGAGAAGAAGACACCUGUCUACUUCGCUUCAUUGCUGGUCCGCCUUAUGAAGAUUUGGCUUUCCGUAUAGUAGACAAGGAAUGGGACUAUAGCGCGAAGCGUGAAAGGGGGUUUAGAAGUACAUUUGACAAGGGCAUCUUACAACUUCACUUUCAGUUCAAGAAGAUCUACUACCGCAAGUGA